AUGAUGGAGGAAAUUUCCACACAAGAACAGCAGCUCUGCAACUUUCUCAAAGAUCUUCCCCGCAUUCACAAAAAUCGAUACACGAAAGCCGCCGAGAAUGAACUACUGCAAAAUCUUUUCUGGUCCCUAGCUGGAGGGAGCUCUGACUAUUUGCGACUCUUUUUUCCAGAGCAUGGUAGACCUUUGCCGAAUACGACGUGGAAGCUUAGAAAAGCUCAAGGUGGCGCCGAUGGCGACGAGUUCACUGAAGCGGCUAGAGGAAGAGCAUGUGGGCAUAUAUUUAAGUCUGGAGAAGCUACUUAUCGUUGCAAAACUUGUAGUGCUGAUGAAACGUGUGUACUCUGCAGCAAAUGUUACGACUCAUCCGAUCAUACUGGGCACAUGAUUUAUAUCGGUGUAUCCCUAGGAAAUAGUGGAUGCUGCGAUUGUGGUGACCUUGAAGCCUGGAAGAUACCAGUUAAUUGUGCAAUACACGCAUUGUUAGAUGACGAUCAGAAAGGUAAAGAUAAGGGCAAGUCUCCAGCCUUACCUCAUGAUCUUAUAGAGUCUAUACGAAUGACUAUCGGAAGAGUAUUCGAUUAUAUCUGCGAUGUAAUCUCGUGCUCUCCUGAGCAAUUAAGGUUGACGAAAUCAAAGGAAAACAUCAUCCUGGAUGAACAGAUGUCUAGGCUAACUUCCCGGUUCUAUGGUGGAGAUAUUACAGAAGACAAAUGCGAAUUUGCUCUACUAUUAUGGAAUGAUGAAAAACACACAGUCUAUGAAGUACGAGAUCAGGUUGCAAGGGCCUGCAAGGUCUCCAUACAGGAGGGUUUAGACAGAGCACAUGAAACUGACGAUAUAGGUCGAAGCAUCGUUAAGUACGGGUAUGAUCUAGAUGAUUUAUUAAAGGUUUCUGAUAUAAUUGAGCAAAUUAAGGUGACUGUUACUAUUCGAUCAGCAAGAGAUACCUUUAGAGAGCAAAUGUGCGGUACAAUUAUCGAGUGGCUAAGUGACAUAUCUGGAUGUAGUGUCGGGUCUGAUCACGACAUUCUACGCCGAGUUAUUUGCGAAGAAAUGUUAAAGCCCUGGAGUACAGGAAGUCAAGCAAGCAAUGCAACUAUUGGUGUAAGAGGUAUUGAUGAUCACGAAAAAGAAGACCCUGACGAGUACCGCGAUUAUCGACUUGGCCUUCUUGGACGGCAAGAACUCAUACUUAGAACCGUGGCAACAGCAGCCAAUCCGGAUACUGAAUCUGAGGGAUCAGAAGCCCCUGACCCUGAGGAAAUAGAAAAUGAUGAUGUAGACGAUGAUCUAGAUUCUAUCGACAUAUAUCAAGUCGAAAACCAUAGAGUACCAACCACUAGUGGUGGAGAUGAAUCCCGCUUUUAUGUUGAAGAAUCGGCUUAUGAUACGGACCCUCAGUCUCAAACAGCUGGAGCAUCUGAGACAGAUAAUGACGGUGAUACGGACAUGAGAGAUCCUGUCGAUAGUUCACCGAUGGAAGAUGUAGAAACUACAUUAGAAGGAUAUCCGUCGCUAACGGCAACUACCCCACAGCCCGCUGCGCGAGCUACUCGAGAUAGAGAUGUUACUCCAUCAGACUCAGAUGCCGCUGAAGUCCAGCCUUUAAUCUCAAGUACUGCAUAUGUUAAAUCUAGCGUAGUUCCAAGGACGCCACGUAUGAAUGUCAUGCAAGAGUUUCUUUCUAGGCCACCACGAUACUGGCUUGAGACACCUGUGGAAUUUAUCGAAAAAGACUACUGCUCUGCUCAUGAAAAUUUAUGGAGUCAUCUUCGGUUAGAUUGGAUGAUUCUUUUUGACUUGAGGAUGUGGAAAAAAAUACGUAUAGGUCUCCGCGAUUUAUACAUUUCCACAGUAGUAUCAAUACCAGAAUUCAAGCGUAUUCUUGGGUUACGUUUUGCUGGACUCUAUACAACACUGGCACAGCUUUAUCUCAUUGCUGAUCGAGAGCCAGAUCACUCAAUCAUAAAUAUUUCAUUACAGAUGUUGACUACUCCAUCAAUUACGUGUGAAAUAGUGGAGAGAGGCAAUUUUCUCACAAAUUUAAUGGCUAUAUUAUUCACUUUUUUGACCACAAGACAAGUUGGACACCCUCAUGAAAUCAAUCCAAGCGCCACUCUCGCAUUUGAUACAGGUUCCGUCACAAAUCGACGAAUGUAUCAUUUUUUUAUGGACCUUAGAUACCUCUUUGGUUCUGACUAUGUCAGAAAAAUAUUGAGCGCGGAAGAAAGAUAUACGAUGCAAUUUUUGGAUUUAGUAAAAUUACAUCAAGGAAUAUGUCCUAACCUUAAGGCCGUUGGUGAACACGUCGAAUACGAAACAGAUGCUUGGAUCAGCGCUUCUCUAAUUACCCGAGAAAUAAAUCGCCUCUGUAGGCAGUUUUCGGAGGCUUUCAAAUGGAAUCUUGGGGAUGAUUUUAUCUAUAUAUCCAAGGCCAUUAGGAUAACGGCUAAAGCUGUGAUCCUCAACUCGCUCGGAGCAGAGCGAAAAAGGUUCUCGCAGAAUGAAAUUAAGGACGAAGUUAAAUUCAAAAGAGUUGGUGAUUAUGAAUUUGAUACUACUGAUAACCUAAUUAGCGGGCCCCAACAUUUAAUCGUUAAAUUUAAUUUCGAGUCACAGCCUAUCAGCUUUCAUCAUGCCCUUCAUUAUACGCUUUCAUGGCUUAUCGAGCAUGGUAAAAACAUGACACGGGGGAAGCUAAUUGAACUUUUAUCCUUCACUAACAGUGAUCUAUUCCAAAAGCCCAAGGCAAUGGGCCAACGAUUGAUACCGAGCCAAAUUCUAACUCCAGAAGAUCAUCUUUUGGCAGCGUUUGAUUAUCCUUUACGAGUUUGCGUGUGGCUUGCCCAGAUGAAGGCUGGAAUGUGGGUUAGAAAUGGAAUGAGUCUACGCCAUCAAAUGAGCACGUAUCGUGGAGUCAACCAGCGGGAUGUUUCUCAUCACCGUGAUAUAUUUCUACUUCAAACAGCUAUGGUUGUCUGCCCCCCCUCUCGAGUACUGGUAUCAAUUAUCGACAGGUAUGGCCUCGAAUACUGGAUGAAAGGAAUAUAUGAACAACAAUCUGAUGGGCAGGAAGAUAACCAAGUUUUAGAUGUGGUUGAGGACUUAAUUCAACUACUAAUAGUUAUCAUUAGUGAUCGAACUUCGCUAACCAAUAAUAAAGAUGAGCCUAAUUCUCAUGUCCUUGCCAUGCGUCGAGAUAUUAUUCAUAUUCUCUGUUUUAAGCCACUUUCUUUUUCCGAUAUAUGUAACAAACUUCCAGACAAGUUCCAAGAUCAAGAAGAAUGUCAGAAUAUCCUUGAUCAAUUAACGAACUUUAAACCGCCCGAAGGUCUUUCUGAUGUGGGUACCUUUGAGUUAAAAGAACAAUACCUAGAAGAAAUUGACCCCUAUAUUGCCUAUUAUCAUAAAAACCAAAGGGAAGAGUCAGAAAAUGCGUACAAAGCAUGGGUUGCAAAAAAACAAGGUCUCCCAAUAUCAGAAAUUGUGUUUGAACCAAAGCUAGCUCCAAUUCAAUCAGGUGUUUUCUCAGAUCUGGCAUCAUUUACGAAGACUGGAAUUUUUGCACAAAUAAUAUAUUACUCGCUUCUAUAUCCACUAAAAGCUAAGCAUCUCACGCCUACAGUUCCUACCACAAGAAUUGAAGCAUUUUUACAAGUUGUUCUGCAUCUUGUGCUAAUCGCUAUUUCUGAAGACGAUACCACAGAAUCUGAGGCCCCAGGGAGGCCGAUGCAGUCAUUUGUUCACAUCUCCUUAACAAGUCUUGCUCGAAGCAAUUUCCUCCGAAAUGCCCCAAAUUCUAGAACUAUUGUUGCUAUUCUAGAGAUUUUAUCUCGAAGGGAAGAAUUCAAAGCCUGUAGCCCAAAAAUUUCACUUAUUCUCAAAAAAAUGAAGCAGAAGAGACCGCGUGCCUUUGAGUUGGCCUUUGCACGUAUUGGUGUCCCGAUUGACCGUGUCUCUACAGCAUUACCAUCAAAAGAUAGCACUAUGAAAGAUCGUGAAAUGAAGAAGCAAGCAGCUCUUGAACGUCAGGCAAAAGUCAUGGCUCAAUUCCAACAACAGCAAAAAAACUUCCUGGAUAACCAGGGUGAUAUUGAUUGGGGCCAAGAAGAUACGGUAGUUGAAGAUCUUGAAGCAGAGAAUGAAAAUUCAGAUCAUAAAACUUUCUGGCAACAUCCUUCUGGCACUUGUAUUUUGUGUCAGGAAGAAACUAAAGAUGGUAGACUUUAUGGUACUUUUGCUCUAAUGAUGAAUAGCACUAUCCUUAGACAGACCGAUUUUAACCACCCAGAUUUCAUGCGCGAAGUAACUAAUAUACCCAUAAAUUUAGACCGUUCUGCAGACUCUAUUCGUCCCUUUGGUGUUGCCAGUGAAAAUCGAGAGAAAAUUAUAAAACUUAACGCUAGGGGAGAUACGAUUGAGAGUGAGCGAUACUGUGUUGGAAAAGGAUUCCCUGCAGAAUCAACGAUCACUGGCCCAAUAUCUGUUGGUUGUGGACACAUUAUGCACUAUAAGUGUUUUACCGUAUAUUAUGGAGCUUCCCAUCGUCGCCAUCAACAUCAAAUUUCUAGGCAUCAUCCUGAAGAACUACUACGAAAUGAAUUUGUUUGUCCGCUAUGUAAAGCCUUGGGAAAUGCAUUUCUUCCGAUUCUUUGGUCACCAAAAGAAGAAGUCCCCUUAUGCCAAUUUAAAUUAGACGUAUCUUUUGAGGAAUGGUUAGAUUACUCAGUUAAAUUUCCUACGCCGGAUACAUCCGCUUCGACCACUUCAGGUGUGCAGAACAGUCGAGCAACUGAAUACUUUAUGGAGUACAACAAACAAGUUUUGGCUGCACCAUUGGAGGCUCGUAUGUCUGAGCUUUUAAUCGAGGCUUGGAAUCAAACUACAUCGAUUCCAACUCAUCAGCAUUUAACGCCUGAAGAUUUGAGAAUAAAUCCUCCUGAUUUGGUUAAUGCCCCGAUAACCUGGCCUUCAAAUCCAACUCAAUCAAACCCAGCUAUCUCCCCAAUGACAGAGCUUGUGGAAUCUUAUCGUCGUCUGACGGAUACUAUGCACCGAAAUAGACUUCCGACUAGACAUAUACAUGGUAUACACUCACCAUUUUCAAAUGAUGAUAGCGUAGACAUAGUAGGAAGUGAUACCUUGGCAAAAAUUCUUGCUUUUUCUGUAUCAUCCGUCGAAAUACAGCAACGAGGGAUCUCGUCCUCGCCCGGGACAACAUUCCUUGAUGUUGUUCCGCAACAAGCUCUCAUUCAUUUAAGAAUCCUCUCCGAAACAGCAAGCUCAUUUAUAUCCAUAUGUGGCAUUAGAUCUGCUGGGGAUAAUGCUGUGACUAAAGAAUUCAAUGCCGACUACAAAGUUCAAGCGGAACAACUUUUCCUACGUCCAAGAUCCCGAAAUUCACCCAACGUAUAUCUUCUCAGUCAUGAUAUAUUCGUAUUUUUGACUGAGUGCUCUUUAUGCUUAGUUCCGGUAGAAAAAAUGGAUAUUAUGCAGGUAAUUCGUCUCUGCUAUCUAGCCGAACUUGUCAAAGUCAUCAUAAAACUGACUUAUCAUUCCGGAAACGAAUCUUUCUUUAAAAUCUGGCUUUCAAACCUAAAUAGUAAAUCUCUACGUUCCAGGAAGAAUGAUGAUCCAUUACCAAGCACUAAUUUUCAGAAAUUUUGUCUCCAGAUAUCUGAAUGGUCUAAAAACAUGGAGGACUGGACAUUUUCGGAAACGAUUGCAAUAAACCAACCAUGCUUUAGCCAAGAAAGCUCAUAUGAAUCAUUUGUAAGAAAAUAUGCCCUUGCUUUUCUACGCAAGGUAGCCCUACUACUUCAUGUUCGUCAUGGGGUUUCACUACAAAGCCAAUCAGCAAAUCUAUCAAAAGCCGAUGAACUUGAUCGUCUUACAGAUGUACUUCAGCUUCCAUCUCUGGACCAAAUGUUUUGCAUUGAGAAUAACCCUACCUUGAUAUCUCUAGUCAAGGGAUGGAUCUCACAGGUUCCUCCUGUCUCAAACAAAUCUAGCGGCUUAUUACCAGUAUCACUAUCACAUCCAGCUAUAUUUGAGCUUGUUGGGCUCCCAAAGAAUUAUGAUACCCUCAUGGAAGAAACAAUGAAGCGCCGAUGUUUGACCACAGGGAAAGACGUCUGCGAUCCAAUGCUUUGUCUUUUUUGUGGAGUUAUUAUAUGUGGACAGAGUGUUUGCUGUCUAAAGCAAGGAGAACGCGGUGGACGUAUCAUGGAGAUCGGCGGAGGUCAACAACACAUUGAAAAAUGUCAAAAAAACAUUGCCUUGUUCCUCAACAUCCGCAAAUGCUGUGUCUUUUAUGCGCAUAACACUUCGGGUUCGUGGAUGGUCGCACCAUAUAUUAAUCAGUACGGCGAAGUAGACCCCGGCCUUAGACAUUCAAGACAACUAUUUCUAAAUCAAAAAAGAUAUGAUGCUCUUUUGAGAAAUGUGUGGCUAAGCCAUGGGAUUCCUAGCAUCAUAAGCAGGAAAUUGGAGAUGGAUAUCAACAAUGGGGGCUGGGAGACAAUCUAA